UUACCUUCUGGACAUGCCAUCCACUGCGCCAAAAAGUCAAGAACUCAAAUCCCCUCUUCGCUUCAGUUUCUUACCAAGAAUCAUAAAUAGCGGGCCAUUGCCGUCCUUAAUCGUAAAGCACUGCCUCAAAAUAGCUUGUUUAGUUGCUCUAACCUUCUGGCUCUUCUGCGACGAUCUGAGCUUGCGUUGGACAAGGGGAUAAUUUCAAAUAAAAAGACGAUGGGUUGUAUGCCGUCGCGCGCCAGAGACGGCCAUGCUGGACCGGAGAUGCCGAGCAGUGCUAUUUCUGGAAGCAACCAGGCCCAGUCAAAGAGAGAGCUUCACAUGUUCCAUGAUAUCAUUGCCCAGGACCACGAGAAGACUGCCAUGGCAGAUGAGCUACAGAAGCAGGUCUACGAAGGGAUCUACUUGGCUGGGAAGACAAAGAAGUACUGGGUGGAUGAGAAAAGGUACAACUGCUUCAUGCUAUUCCCUAGAGGAUUGUCCAUCGCUUGGGGUGAAGACGCCAGCUACUGGAGCUGGCGCAACCUCGAAGACUACAAUGAUCCUGAAGUUGAAGCGGCGAUACUGGAAGAAGUCUGCUGGCUGGAUAUCCAGGGGAAGCAAGAAUUGACCCAUCUUACACCGGGGGUCACCUACGAGGUUGUCUUUGAAGUGAAGCUUACCGAGCCCGCGCAAGGGUGGAAUAUGCCGGUCAACCUCCACCUCAAGCUCCCCAACGGAACAGCUCUGCAGCGGAAGGAGAACCUGCAGGAGAAGCCCAGGGAGCAGUGGCUGCCACUCAAAGUUGGGGAGGUGGAAGCGAAGGAAGAGCUCAAGUGGCCAAUGGAGAUCUCCUUGUUUGAACAUGGUGGGCACUGGAAGAGGGGGCUCCUCAUCAAGGGCAUCAGGAUUACCCCGAAAAAAAAAGAAGUGACCGAUUGGGGCUGGCCGAUGUAGAAGCGAGCAGCCGAUGGAAGCUGUCCGAUGCUGGAGCGGAACGAUGAAAACGGAAGAAGAUUUAGUGACAGUAUCGUGUCUGAUGGAGCAGGAUUGGUGCUGACACAUUACGUCAGCAAGUUAUCGUGUCAAGUCCGAGUUUAGCUUGGGUCGUUUUGUUUAGUUAUAGAAAGUUUGUUUUCGUUUUAGUCAAGUCAUAUCUCAUCGCGAUCGGCUAGGGUUUGUAAGCUUAGGCUGUAAAAAGCAGCCCACGGGCAUGUAAUCAGGUAAUCAUCACAUCAAUACACAAACCCUUUUCAUAUC